UAUAAAUAAAAUUCAGGAAAGACUCUUGAAUUCUGGAUUCUGGGAAAACUCCUGACCAUGAGAUUGAUCCUGUUUUUUGGUGCCCUUUGGGGGCACAUCUACUGCCGAGAAACAUUUGUGGGAGACCAAGUUCUUGAGAUUGUACCAAGCAAUGAAGAACAAAUUAAAAAUUUGCUAGAAUUGGAGGCUGAAGAACAUCUUCAGCUUGACUUUUGGAAAUCUCCCACUAUCCCAGGGGAGACAGCUCAUGUCCGAGUUCCCUUUGUCAACCUCCAGGCAGUCAAAGUUUUCUUGGAGUCCCAGGGAAUUUCUUACUCCAUCAUGAUUGAAGAUGUGCAGGUUCUGUUGGACAAAGAGAGGGAAGAAAUGCUAUUUAAUCAGAGAAGAGAACGGAAUGGGAACUUCAACUUUGGGGCCUACCAUACCUUGGAAGAGAUUUCUCAAGAAAUUGAUAACCUCGUGGCUGAGCACCCUGGUCUAGUGAGCAAAGUGAAUGUUGGCUCUUCUUUUGAGAAAAGGCCUAUGAACGUGCUCAAGUUCAGCACCGGAGGAGACAAGCCGGCUAUCUGGCUGGAUGCCGGCAUCCAUGCUCGAGAGUGGGUUACACAAGCUACUGCACUGUGGACAGCAAAUAAGAUUGCUUCUGAUUACGGAAAUGAUCCAUCCAUCACUUCCAUCCUGGACACUUUGGACAUCUUCCUGCUGCCAGUCACAAACCCGGACGGAUACGCAUUCUCUCAAACCCAAAAUCGUAUGUGGCGGAAGACCCGGUCCAAGGUAACUGGAAGCUUCUGUGUCGGUGUGGAUCCUAACCGGAACUGGGAUGCAGGUUUUGGAGGACCUGGAGCCAGUAACAACCCUUGCUCUGAUUCUUACCAUGGACACAGUGCCAACUCUGAGGUUGAAGUGAAAUCCAUAGUGGACUUCAUCAAGAGCCAUGGAAAAGUCAAGGCCUUCAUUACCCUCCACAGCUAUUCCCAGCUGCUGAUGUUCCCCUAUGGGUAUACAUGUACCAAGUCAGCUAACUUUGAUGAGCUGAAUGAAGUGGCCCAAAAGGCUGCCCAGUCUGUGGAAAGCUUGCAUGGUACCAAGUACCAAGUGGGACCAAUCUGCUCAAUUAUCUAUCAAGCCAGUGGGGGAAGCAUUGACUGGUCCUACGAUUACGGCAUCAAAUACUCAUUUGCCUUUGAACUGAGAGACACUGGGCGCCAUGGCUUCCUCCUGCCAGCCAAUCAGAUCUUGCCCACGGCCGAAGAGACCUGGCUUGGCUUGAAGACGAUCCUGGAGCAUGUGCGAGACCACCCCUACUAGGAGCCUGGGGAGGAAACAAACACCAUUAAAUCUCUUUGGUUUGAAGCAAA